AUGUGGGCGCGGUGGUUGCUGCUCGGCGCCCUGGGCGCGCUGCUGGCCGGGGUCGAGGGCUCCCUCCUGCCGCUCGUCGCCCGUCGCCUGCUGGGCCGCUUCCAGCACCUGCUGGGGGGCAGCCGGGCGGUGUUGGGGAAGGAGGAGAGGCGCUUUGAGGCCCCCAUUGAUUUCCGCAAGCUCCCCCCCAACUACCACACCGAGGAGAAGGAGCAGCGCAGGGUGGGGAACGCCACGGUGUACAGCCACCGCGAGAUCAACAAGGUGACGGACAACGAGACGGGCGCGAUGCUGUUCUCCGACAGGACGGUGACCUCCGUCGAGCAAGGGGAGCGGGGCCUGGCGGAGAGAUGGCGGGGAAGCCAGGCAGAGUCUAGCAAGGAAGGAGCAGGUGAUGGGGCAGAAGCAGACCCUGUCCUAGGGAGACACGUCCUGCUGAUCCCCCGCCCCGGGCUGGCCUUCCUCAUCAUCCACUUACGGCGCAGAGCCAGGCCCGGGAAGGCCUCUGACACCAGCUGGCCGGACGGCGCAUCCCUUAGCGACAGGAGGCACAGGCUGCUAGCGAUCCGGGAUGGGCUGAUGGAAGCCCCCCGCCCUCUGAAGAAAGCUCCCCCCAUUACUCAGGCCUGGCACAAAGCUGUAGCACGGAGGCCCCAUUUUUUCUUCUUCUUCAGGAAGCUGUAG